AUGUUAUACGAGUCAUGGAGUGAGGAAGUGACAAAGAGGUCAUGCUGUCCUCUCUGUGAGCGGCGUUUUACUUCGAAGACGGGCGCCAUUGAAUUAUCAGGGAAGCUGUUGGACAUGAGUCUUGCGGUCCCUGACGAUAUUGAGCGAUUAGAGCGGCUAGUUCAAGAGACAGAGGAGAAAGAAAGGCAUCUCGGAAAUGCGCUCAUCCAUGUAGAGCAGUGCAAGAAGAUUAUGGAUGGUAAGGUCAAACUUGUGAGGAAGGAGGUUGGUGAUCGUAAUAAGGAAGAAGCAUCUUUAACCGAAGAGUUAGAAUCGCUCCGCAAGGAACACACAGAUUUGAAUUCUUCCUUCAAACGCUUGCUAGAAGUCAAGGCGGAUGUGUCUUUGAUGGAUUCACUACUGGCAUCGUUCCAAUCACUCACUGAUCAAAUAAACGAACUAUCUGAAGGUCUCAAGGAAGGUUCAAGUCAUAUUUCGCUCCCAGUGCUGAGGAAGGAAGUAGCAGAAAAAGAAUUACACGAGUUACGAGAGCGCCGAAUUUCAUCAUGUGAAGCCGCUGCUCGGGUUGAGCACAUUCGUGAGAUGGUUGCUCGCCAUCAUGCAGAAAUCGCCGAAUUGAAUCAUCGACGCGACGAAAUCAUGGAAAGGCACUUGCCCAAAGCCGAAAUGGAAUUGCAAAAAGCGAAGGAAGAGCGUGAUACUGCUGAAAGUUGCGCCAAGAACCAAGAGGAUUUGAAGCUCGCCUUGAUAAGAGAAUUACCCGAUUAUUGGCUAGAAAAGCUACCAGCAGAACGUCCUAUGGGCUGCAGAGCCGGCCUGGACGACGUACACGCCAAAGCUGGACAUGUCAUGGCAGCCUUGUUAGUGCUAGCGUCGACGAAUAGUACGCAGGCAAGAGGUCCAACAUUCCUUUCGCUCGGAUCUUCCGUUAAAAAGUGUGACCAUUUCGUUGGCGGCCGUCCUGGAGUUCGUUUGAUGCCUCGAGGGAUGCAGUCAGUAACCGUCCUGGUCCAACGGUCAUCACUACAUCGCAUAACGUGUCUGGUCCACCUGAUCUUCGACUACUUGGCGUAUUCAACGGCAUCCCUGUUUUUUGUUCGAUGA